UGUUUACUGGUGUUUCUGUUUAUAUGUAGAAAAAUGGCUGAGGCAAAUAUUUCAGUUGCUCAGGAUCAGUUCAGCUGUUCAAUCUGUCUGGACACACUGAAGGACCCAGCAACUCUUCUCUGUGGGCACAGUUUUUGUCUGGUGUGUAUCAAUAAACACUGGGAUCAGGAGGAUAAUUGGAGAAUAUACAGCUGUCCACAGUGUAGACAAACCUUCACUCCAAGACCUGCUGUGAGAAAAAACACCAUUCUGGCUGAAGUUGUGGAGAAACUGAAGGAGACAAAAUUCCAAUAUACUCUUGCUGGACCUGAAGAUGUGGAGUGUGAUUUCUGUACUGGGAGAAAAUACAAAGCUGUUAAAUCCUGUCUGGUGUGUUUGGCCUCUUUCUGUGAAUCUCACCUCCAGCCUCACUAUGAAUCUCCUGCUUUUAAGAAGCACAAGCUGGUUAAAGCCUCCAGACGACUCCAGGAUCAGAUCUGCUCUCAGCAUGAUAAACUGCUGGAGGUUUACUGUCGUACUGAUCAGCAGUGUAUCUGCAUGUUGUGCACCAUGGAUGAUCAUAAAGGACAUGAUACAAUAUCAGCUGCAGCAGAAAGAACUGAGAAACAGAAGCAGCUGCUGGAGGUCCAGAGGAAAUUCCAGGAGAAAAUCCAGAACAAAGAGAAGGAACUUAAUGAGCUGAUAAACGCUGUGGAGUCUCACAAGCGUUCUGCACAGACAGCAGUGAAGAACGUUGAGAUGAUCUGUACUGAACUGAUCGACUUUAUUAUCAGAAGAUGCUCUGAGGUGAAAGAUCUGAUCAGAGAUCGAGAGAAAGCUGAAAUCAGUCAAGCUGAAAACGUCCUGAAGCAGUUGGUGGAGGAGAUUGUAGAUCUUAAGACGAAAGAUGCUGAACUGGAGGAGCUUUCACACACAGAGGAUCCCAUCCAUUUCCUCCAGAGUUUUCAGUCUCUCUCGACUCCUCCUGGAUCUGCAGAAUCACCCGCCAUCACAAUCAGUCCUUUCCUCUCAUUUGAUGAUGUUACAGAGUCAGUAUAUCAGCUGAGAGAGAAAGUAGAAGAAUUCUGGGAAGAGCAGUUUGAGAAGACACCAGAUGAAGUGAAGGACGUUCAGAUUAUUUCACCUCCUGAACUUGAAACCAGAGAAGAUUUUCUACAGUAUUUCUGUCAGUUCACGUUGGAUUCAAACACAGCACAUAAAAACCUCCGUCUGUCUGAGGAGAACAAAGUGGUGACCUGCAGUAAAACAGAACAGUCAUAUCCUGAUCAUCCAGAUAGAUUUGAUUAUUACUCCCAGGUUCUGUGUGGAGAGAGUGUGAAUGGACGCUGUUACUGGGAGGUUGAGCUGAGUGGGAAUUAUUGGGUUUAUAUAGCAGUGUCAUAUAAAAGCAUCAGCAGGAAGGGACGUGAUGAUGAGUGUUGGUUUGGAUGUAAUGAUCAGUCCUGGAGUUUGUGUUGCUCUCCAUCCAGCUUUUCAUUCCUGCACAAUAACAAAGAAACUGAAUUUCCCAUAAUGCCGAGUUCCUCUAGAAUAGGAGUGUAUGUGGAUUACAGAGCAGGAACUCUGUCCUUCUACAGCGUCUCUGAUACAAUGAAGCUCCUCCACAGAGUUCAGACCACGUUCACUCAGCCCCUCUACCCGGGGUUUUGGGUUAAUCCAGGAUCAAAAGUAAAACUGUCAGAUUACAUUUAA